AUGGCCGCGCCAACUGGAGCUCAAGAUGCCGUUCUCAAGCCCUCUGAUCCGGUACCUGAAGGAGCCAUUCCUGUGACUGGACUCGAUUUCGACAAAUUUGCUGGCCGCAACAUCACCGUUGCUGAGAUGGUAGAAAGCAUGGGUAACAUGGGCUUCCAAGCGACAUCAGUCGGACAAGCAACGCAGAUCAUCAACGGAAUGCGUGAAUGGCGUGACGAAGAGACGGGACAAGGCACAACGAUUUUUCUGGGAUACACAUCAAACCUCAUCUCCUCAGGUCUGCGUGAGACACUGCGAUGGUUGGUACAGCACAAGCACGUUUCGGCAAUUGUCACAACUGCUGGAGGUGUUGAAGAGGACUUCAUCAAGUGUCUGGCCCCUACGUAUCUGGGUGCUUUCUCCACGGCCGGAGCCUCUCUAAGAGCCAAGGGCAUGAACAGAAUUGGCAAUCUGGUUGUGCCGAACAGCAACUACUGCGCGUUCGAAGAUUGGGUAGUUCCGAUCUUUGACAAGAUGCUGGAGGAACAAGAGACGUCAAAGGAUACAGAGGAGCCCAUCAACUGGACUCCCAGCAAGAUGAUCCACAGACUCGGCAAGGAAAUCAAUGAUGAACGCUCCGUAUAUUACUGGGCAUGGAAGAACGACAUUCCUGUCUUCUGUCCCGCUCUGACAGACGGAAGUCUAGGAGACAUGUUGUACUUCCACACAUUCAAGGCUUCACCACUGCAGCUGCGUGUUGACAUUGUGGAAGACAUCCGCAAGAUCAACACAAUCGCAGUCAGAGCCAAGCGUGCAGGCAUGAUCAUUUUGGGAGGAGGCAUAGUCAAGCACCACAUCGCUAAUGCAUGCCUCAUGCGCAACGGAGCCGAGAGUGCUGUCAUCAUCAACACCGCCAACGAGUUUGACGGAAGCGAUGCAGGUGCACGACCGGACGAAGCUGUCAGCUGGGGCAAGAUUAAAAUCGACGGUGACAGCGUCAAGGUUUACGCCGAGGCGACGGUUGUGUUCCCUAUGAUCGUUGCAUCAACAUUCGCCAAGGUAGCUUGA